CUCAUGCCUGCCAUCUGUAAAAAAAUCCAUAAUUUUAUUAAUUAAUUAUUAGAUUAUUAUUCGGUUGGUCAUUCCAAAGCCCCAAUCCUUCCGCCACUUCUUUUGCACUUUCACACACUGUGUGUGUGCUUUGAUCAUUUCAAUCCUCAAAAUAAUUUAUUUUCCUUUUUUUGGACUAAAUUAUAUAAAAAAAUUGCAAAUGUUCUGAAUGCAGAUGAAGAUGUUGUGACGUUCAUUGGUAGAGAUCAUAUGUGAUUGGGACACUUAAUAUGAUGGGGCAAUACUACAAGUCCAUAAAGAUGUUUCUGAGUCGGGGUAUCAAGGAAUUGCAAGAUGAUGGUUUCGAAGGUUCACUAGACGAAAAUUACAUCUUCAAAGACGUGUUUUUGGGGCAUGAAGAUGACAGAAGUAGUAAAAAGUGCCUUGUAACUGGAGCAAUCAAUUUUGAAACUGAUGAUAAUAAACCUAAAGACGUAUCAUUUCCACAAAAUAGUGAGCGUUCGGUUAUGACAAGUCAGCAUGACUCGAUGAGACGGGAGGAGCAUACCGAAGAGUUUGUUGAAGUUAAGAGAAGGAAGGUAUCAGUUCUAGAAGAUUGUAGCACUAAAUCUAAUUUAGAGAAGGUAGUUAAUUCUGUUGAAUCUUGUUUGUGCCAACCGGAUUCGAUUGUAACAUGUCGCCUGGUUGAAUCAUCUGUUAACGGUGUCAAAUCCAGAUGCUAUUUGCUUAAAGGACAUAUCGGGGAUCGGGAUGCCGAAAAAUGUAGGUUAUACUGUUCUGACACGAGUUCUACAAGAGUAAAUAGUGUAAUUAAGGUUAAUGAUUCACCUGCUUCACAAGAGAGUUAUGUUAGCAAGCUUUUAGUUAACAGCCCAAAACCUGUUAAAAGUUUCAGGAAAAUAAGGAAAUAUUCUUCCUUUUUGGAACUUGAUGAAGAUGAGUUUAGUGAGAGUAUCACGCGCCUAACAUCGAAAAAAACAAUACAUAAACAUGGAAGUCGCAGAAAACUGUCCUUUCACUCUUUUGAUAACCGUAGCAAGAAGUUGAAGUUGAAAUUGAAGUCAAAAUUCAAGAAAUCGGCCAAACGUGAAAAGGGUGGAAAAGGGAAUUCUCGUGUUAGAAAUGUCCAAAAAAGGUACAAAAAUCGAAAAAGUGGUUGCAGGUUGCUUCCACGUAAGCAUGAUCUGGAAGAGAAUUGGUCUUGCCAUGGUGUCAGAACGGUAUUAUCUUGGUUAAUAGAUUUUGGGAUUAUUCAAAUCAAGGAAGUUAUCCAGUACAGGAACCCCCGGGACAAUUCAGUGGUGAAGGAUGGUUUAAUUACCCGAGAUGGUAUUAUGUGUCGGUGUUGUGAGAAGGUGUUUUCUGUCUCUAAGUUUAAGCGUCAUGCAGGUUUUAGCUUAAAUUGUCCAUGUUUGAAUCUUUAUAUGGAAUCUGGAAAGGCUUACAAUUUGUGCCAGUUGGAAGCUUGGUCAACCGAAUAUGAAGUCAAAAAAGGAAUCAAACACCCUGUACAUAUUGAAGACAUUGACAAAAAUGAUGAUAGUUGUGGGCUGUGUGGGGAUGGAGGUUUGCUGAUAUGCUGUGAUAACUGCCCAUCAACCUUUCAUCAAGCGUGCUUGGCUGUGCAGGAUAUACCUGAAGGGGAUUGGUAUUGUUCAAGUUGCUCUUGCUGGAGUUGUGGGGAUUUGGUUGUGAAUACUGAAGCCUCAAUCUUGGGUGUUCUGAAAUGUUUGCAGUGCAGGCAUAAAUACCACGAGAACUGUGUGAGGAUGAAGGAGCUUGGAACUGGAACAAUACCUUCUACUUGGUUUUGUGGUGAAAGUUGUAAGGAGGUUCACUUAGGACUUGAUUCACGGGUUGGAAUUAUGAAUACCAUCUCUGAUGGCUACUCAUGGACGCUUUUAAGGUGCACUCAUGGAGACCAAAAGGCUCUUUCUGCUCAACAUUUUGUUUCUCUCAAGGUGGAAUGCAAUUUGAAACUAGCUGUUGCCCUCACAAUCAUGGAAGAGUGCUUUCUUCCCAUGGUGGAUCAUAGAACUGGCAUCGAUAUGAUAUCGCAUGUACUAUACAACCUAGGAUCAGAAGUCACACGUCUUGAUUAUGAGGGAUUCUACACAAUGAUCUUGGAAAAAGAUGACUUGCUACUAAGUGUAGCAUCCAUAAGGAUCCAUGGGAUAGGAGUUGCAGAGUUGCCCCUCAUUGCAACAUGCAGCAAAUAUCAGCGCCAAGGAAUGUGUAGGCGUCUCAUGAAUGCUAUUGAAGAGCUGCUAAAAUCCUUAAAGAUCGAGAAGCUGGUGCUGUCCGCCAUCCCUAGUUUAGUUGACACAUGGACAAAUAGUUUUGGUUUCAUGCACUUGGAAGUUGAAGAAAAGAAAACAUUGAGCAAAACCAACAUGAUGGUGUUCCCAGGAACAGUAUGGCUCAAGAAGCCCAUCUACCAAGGGUCGUUCCAGAGUAUUCCAAAGAAGACCAUAGCUUCACAUCACAAUUUUGAUCAUGAAGAAUAUAGGAUGAUGCAGCCCAGCUGCAAGGGGUUGUUUCAAAUUGAUCAAAACCAAAAUGAUGAUUUGAAGCUCUCGAGUGAAGGAGAUAGGAUAAUGCAGACCAGUUGCAAAGGGUUGUUUCAAAUUGAUCGAAACCAAAAUGAUGAUUUGAAGCUCUCGCGUGAAGAUAAGAUGAUGCAAACUAGCUGCAAGGAGUUGUUUAGAGAUGAUCGAAACCAAAACGAUGAUUUGAAGCUCUCAAGGGAAGAACAUUCUAGAUUUGAGAGAAUUUCCAGUGAAAUGGUUUGUGGCGUAAACUGAUCACUAACUUGUGUUAGCCACGUCAGAAAAAUAGAUUAAGCUACAAACAUGAGCUGAUAGGUUGUAUAUAUUCUCUUUUUUUUUUAUAAAUUGAAUGUGCACCAAUGGCGUAGGCCAAGUUUUGCAGUUUGAUCAAAAACUCUAAUGUGGGUUCACUAACAAUCAAGUCAUAUAAACACAUUCAACAUAAGAUAUGAAUUAAAAGCUUGGAGCAGCAUUGAGAA